AGAAGUCGAGUCAGAUUUGCAAGGAAAAUAACAGCGGCUGACUGAAUUUGAAUCAACAGUUAAAACCUCAAACAUUAUCGUCACGAGGGGCUCCGGAGCAGCUUUUAAAAAAACAACGUACUCCAUUUGGUUUCGACAGCAAGAAGCUGGCAUUGGCUUUGCUUAAUUUCAGUUUAGAAUAAUAUUAUUGCUUCGAGACGUGCCUGGGACUCUUCGAUAACUGAAGUGUGAUCACAAGAGGCGCUGCCUCUUUUUCUCACUCCCUUGUCCAAGCUUAGCAUUGCAGUGUGCAAGAACUAUCUCGUGUAGAAUAUUCUUGUUGCUUUGACUGAAGAUAUGUGGCGGCAGUGGCGGAUCAUGACUUGACAGAAAUGAACCGUUUUAACUUUUUUUUUUGCAAAGAGUGCCUUUGGAAAGGCUCUGAGUCAAGCAGCAACACGCCCAAAAACUGUGGUUUGCCAUACAAAUCUACAUUCAUGACUGCCACCAAGUCAUGAAUACUUCAACAGGAUUACACAAGGAUUGUUGCUCUUUGGUGUAGAGUUAAGGCUCUUUAUUUUUUAUCCGGAGCAGCACAAGGUCUGGAAGCAUCAUGAUGGCCAAUAAAAGAAACCUCGAUCGUAUGGAUUCACUUAUUUGUAGCAAGAUGCCUCGACUGGAGAACGAACACAGUGGAUUAUCAGCAGGGCUUUGUAAACCCAGUCCCCUACCUAGUUAUGGUGUUGAAAAUCCUCUUAAGUACACUGGAUCUUAUUUAGCAUAUCAUCUUCGAAAUCGUGAUGGAGCUAAUCUACUACCAGGAGCCUGGAACCAGCCACGACCUUAUAUGCAACACAUGGGCAGUCCAAAUAUCCAGUCACAACCAGGUGAUAUUUCACGUCUCAGCAGCCACUUAUAUCAGACAGAAUCUGAAACUGGACCCCGGACAUUUCAGUCAUCUGUAAGCGAGAAUGAUAAGCUUGACUUGGUGAAAGAUCUGAUGAACGUUCGGUCAAAAUGGGUCACUUUUGUUGAACGGCAGAAAACCUUGAGAAAAAGCCAGCAUCUUCCAGCUGUGCUUUGCUCCUCUGCGGUUGAGAAACAGAGUUUAAUUUCACCUCCUUUAUCUACAGUUAGCAACUGUACAAAUGUAGCAUUUCCACAGCCGGUAUAUAGAAAUAGUGUCUGUUGUUCAGGAACUGGUUGCUCUUUGGAAAAUUCAUUGGAUCACCUUCAUAGGAGAGGACAGGAAACUGAAUGGAGGAUGCCACCUCCAGUUACUUCAAGCUGUUUACUUGUGAAUAACAAUGAACUGAUUCAUAGUCAGCAAUAUGGUAAUCCUCUUGUGAAAAAUAACUCAUUGCAUCAUGGACCUGGCAACAUGCAGGUUAACUCUGUGGCCAGAAUCACAAAAGAAACUGGGAAACCACCUGGAGUGCAUUUACCUCUAUGUCGAGGAUAUGGAACUUACAAUAGUAGCAUUCUACAAGAUCCCAGAUAUUCUGCACUCUCGUAUGAAAACUCUAAUGGAAAUGUACCAAGCCAUAGUAACAUGUCUAUGCGUAACAUCCAAGACUUCCAGAAAGGUCCCUUGCAUCCAUUUGCAAGAACUGAAGUGCAACAAAUACAACCAUCUUUGUAUUGUGAUAAGCUAUCACCGCCAAAGUUUCCAAUGCCAAUUCAGCCAAAAGUUUUGCACUCUCGGAACACUAUUUCAAACCAGCAAAGUGCAGGUACUUACUCAUUGUUACAUCCACAUAGCUACAAAGCACAGGUGGGCCAUUAUUCCGUUCCAUGCACAGUUGGGCAGCUGCCUGUACCCAGUUCCACUUUUGCUGGCCAACUUAGUCCAGGGAAUCCUUACGUACAGACUUUAGAAUCUCUUGGAUAUCCUGCUCAUCCUCCUUCAAAGCAGAAAAGUGUGUCUGUGACCAAUCCUUUGAUUCAUCCUGCAUCACAGCCUACAGCGCAACCAGCUGAGUUUGAGCCACAGAGUCCCUCUGGAAACAAAGUGUCUCCAUCUCACCAAGAUCCAACAAAUGCAAGGCAUCUUUCACCAGACAUGUUACGUUUCAGGUCACAAAUCAUUGCACAAACAAAUGAACAGUGCUACAAUUCAUUAAGCUCGCUUUAUAGUAAGGACUAUGCUGGUCAGCAACAGUUGAUAAGUAAACACAGUGCCUUUCACCCUGUACAAUCUGGAAAACAACUGAAGGGGCCAUUUGAGAGACCUGCUGGCUCCCCUGCAGAUCAAAGACCAAAGGACAUUUAUAUGCAGAAGCAUAGCCCAAGCAUUUCAUCCAGUGGUGAUCAUGGUAGGCCUAUAUUCAGUAAAGAAACUGAGAACCUAAAUAAUAAACCAGUAGAACUUAGACUGGAAAGCCCACCAAAAAGUUAUACUGCUAGUCCAACCAGAAGAACAUCUGUGAUUAAUUUCUCUCCUGCUUCCUCCCCUGCUUCUAAUGAAAGCAAGAGGGCAACUCCCCCUCCUUCCCCUCCUAUGCCAGUGAUAAACAAUGUGUUCAGUUUGGCACCUUACAAAGCUUACCUAGAAGCCACAGGUCUGUUCUUUUCAAAAUGCCUGAAAUGUCGGCUGGACUGCGAUAAAUCAUGUUCAUGUUCUUUAGAAAAUAAAACCCGAAACUGCAGAAAUGAUGGUGUCGUGGAUCUGGAUUCCAAUAAGCAUAGCCCUCUGAGGGUUCCAAAGGCCAUCAAUGAGUUGCAACCUAAGAAUGCUGAAUUGAGAAAAGACGACCCUUCUGUGUGCGUAGAACCUACUAAUGCAAAAGGGGAUGAUGAACUAAAUAAAACAGUAAUUGAGAAGAACUCUUCCGACAUUCUGCACCAAGAGAUUAAUUUUUCACCUGACCUCAGUAGGCUUAUAAAUGGCACACCUCAGCAACAUGGUAAUUGUGAUACAACUUGUGCAGUUGACCAUGAUGAUGGGAAGCUUGAGAUGAACAAAACGAAUUCUGACACGGCGUUGGACCUCAGCAUUAAGACAAAAAAUCCACUUUUGGAUGUCACUAAGCAAACACCAGUUUCUGAUGGGCCUGAAGAAUUGAAAAGCACCAAAGAAAUAUCAAACGAAAAGGAAGAAAAUACUGCAGAAUCUGAGAGUAAUGCAGAGAAGCAAGAAAGCAAAGCUCCAUCAGUAGAACAUGGUGAUAAGACUAUUGUUACAAACUCUAUUGAAACCAGCAGCAUGAGUGACCGCCAUAGGAUAGAAAUGAAUAAAUAUAAAAUACUGAGACCUGCCCCUCCAAAGGUUGCUGAAAAUCAUUCAAUUCGGCCAUCUGAGGGCAUCACUGAAGUUAAAAAAUUUAGUUUAAUCGGAUCAGUUGACCCAUCAGUGUUAAUUCUGAGGAACCUGAAACCCCUGAAACGAAUAUUACCCGACGUGGCUAAAUCAAUUGUGAGUUCUGUUCCAGAAGCUAGGAAGUCACCUUGUGAAACUAAAGUUGAUUUGCCCUGUAAUGACGGAGCAAUGCAGAAUGAGAAUGAUGCUUACAAUUAUUUUGUGCAUCUUCAUCAGUCCCUGUGUGACAUGAUUACACAGUCUGUUGCUGAAACUUCUGAAGAAGUUCUGCGUGCGUGUUUGCAGGACGUCGAAGGACAGGAAAAUCCAAAACUCAGGUCUUCGUUAAAGUCAAAGAACAGUCCAAGAAACUUUGAGGCAUUAAAGAUGUCAAAAUCGAAAGGAAUUUGGCGCAACCAUGGCAGAGUUCAACUGACCCUGCAAAAACUGCUUUCUCACCUGGAGAGCUAUAUUUAUUCUAGAACAUGCCCAUUUCCCCAUGUAAUAAGGGCUGGCACGAUUUUUAUUCCAAUAUACUUAGUCAAGGAGAAACUAUUUUCUAGCCUUAAGGGAGCAACGAUUGAUAAAGUUUUUCAGGAGCAUAAAAUAGAACUGCGACCAACUACCCUUUCAGAGGAGAAGAAACUGCAAAAUGAGUUGCAGCUCCAAAGGUGUUCAUCCAGAUUAAUCAAGCUACUUUCCUUAAAGCAGUUACCUGAAAUCUAUCAAGAUUUGCUGGAUGUUCUUUGGCAUUCUUGUGUGAAAAUUCAUCUUGGUGAGCAAAAUGAUGCAAACGUGAUGGAGACAACUAUCAUUCCAAAUCCAGCUGACAGCACUGCUAAUGAAAAUCAAACACAGACUAGCUCUGCAGAAAUCAAAACCAAAACCCUAGCAAACCCUGCUUGCUUGAAAGAAAAAAAGCCUGAAGAUGGAAUUGCCAUAGCUAAACGUAAUGCAAAGCUUAGGAAAAGACGAAGGAAAAUCAAAGCUAUGACCUCACCUGUAAAUUCUAACCUUAAAUGUGCUGAUUCAAGUGAGAGUUCACAAUCUGUACAGAAAGUAAAGCCAGAAUCAGUUGUCCGUUCAGAGAAAACAUCCUGCACAGAGCCUGAUCAAGAUGCUAGGAGAGCGCAGUUGGGCAAGGAGCCCCAGCCAGGUGGUAGAAAGUUACGAAAAAGAACAGACGGAGUUUUGGAUGAAAAGGCUUUCAUGAAGGGCAAUUUUGAAAAGGGCAGUACUUUGGUAGUUAGACUGAAUCGAGUGCCUAUCAAUGAGGACAAUAAAGGAACAGGCAUUUCCUGCGCUAGAAAGAUCAAAGAAUCUCAAAUGCCAAUAAGGAAAAAGAAUAAUGGUGCACUCAGGCCAACUAGAAGCACAUCAAAAGUACUGCAUCUUCGUAGCUCAAUUGUGCGGUUAAAGUUUCAAAAACCAAGGCAAGCUGUUCCAUGCAGAAACAUAGUGCUGAAAUCAAUUGUUGCUACAAGAAAGCCUUUAUUAACAUGUAAUUCCCAACGACAGGAUCAGAAGAUAACCAAACCCCUCUCCUGCAGAAAACGUCAAGGGAAAGAGUAUCCAAAUUUAGUGGGCAAACGUAUUAGACAUCUGUAUGAGGAAAAGGAUAAAUCUGAGUCCUGGUAUAAAGGUGUAGUGGUCAGAGUACAUGAAAAGCACCAGAAUCCUUUAAAGACUGUGUAUGAAGUUAAAUAUGACACUGAACCUGACUGGCAAUACUACCUUGAACUCUUACAGGAUUAUGAAAAUGGGUGGCUAAGGGUUGAUGACUGACUUGUAAAACUGAGCACUCUUUGUUUCAGUGUUUGUAAUGGGGAACACCCUGUCUGACUGGCAAAAGUAAAAUAGAAUUGUAGAUGUUUAUCCAGGGGAAGUAAUUCAUCAGGUCUUUGUUAUUUAGUUCACUUUGCAAGGAAGAUGAUGCUGCAGGUCUAAUGUUCCCUCUAAUUAUUUUAGAAGUGCAGGGCCCCUUUAAAUAUUUUGCGUGGUAAUUUAAAGAGACCAAUUUGCGGCAGCCUAUGAGAGUUGCUGCACAGUUAAAAGGGAACACUGCAGGUCUCCAUUACAAAGGCAGAUGAUAUUUUGAGUGCAAUGAUUUCACUAACAUCUGGAAAUGUUGGAAGAAAAUGGGAAUCAAAUAAUGUUCCUAUUAGAGUUAAACUAAAGAUAAAGGUCUCCUUGUCCCAAACAAUUAAUCCAAGAAAGGACCUGUACCAGAUCUCAUCCUUUGGAAUUCCAGAGCUAAGGAUCAAUAUUUUUUAGAUUUGUUUCGCACCACUUUUUUAAAAAAAAAAAAAAAAAAUUUCUCAUGUGAAGAUGUUGACUCUUGUUUUAGGGCACAGUUCAUGUGCCAGCAGCAGCCUCUUCAGUUCUUGACCAAGUAACCAUUCUUCAUGUGCCAGCCAAGUCAGUGAGUGUUGGUGGGAUGUUUAGUGAUGGCGAGCAUUACACCCGAGCCUGGUCCAGUUGCUGCAGGGUGUCCACACAUGCACUUCCCAGUUGAAAUUGCUGGAUAGCCAUCCAGAAUUGUCACCCUGGCGCUCACCUUUUUGUAUCCCCUAGCCUGCGCUAUUGAGGUCGGUUGGGGCCCCUCAACCAUAUCCCCAGUGGAAAUGAACUAACUCAGGGCUCUGAUUUACAAUUAACAGAUGGUGCACAAGAAAUUCUUGUAAUCAAUGAGUGUUUUUUAGACUGGCAAUUUUUGUACCACAGCCAUUCAAAUUCAGUUCAGCAAUUCAGAUCUGCAAGUCAGUUUAUUUAGACAUAGAAUUAGUUUUAAACUUUCAAUAGUACCAGCACAAUUAUUAACUCAUUCCCACCCCACCCCUACGCUGUCCAUUUGCAUCUCUCAAGUGAGGAGGUGGGUGCCAGCAGAGCUUUGAAUUAUGCUUUAAUGCAAAAACAGCACUGCUUGUUGGCCUCUGCUGAAGUAUUUUUGAAGAACUGAUUACUGGUACUACAGGAGGCCUCCUUUAGUUUCAAUAUUUUAUCAAAUUAAAACCAUUUUUUGUUGAGCGGCAAUUCUAUAAACACCAUUAGCAGUUUUUUUUUCAAUGUACGCCUGAUCAGCCUCUAUAUGCAAUAAAUUUUUAAAACAUCUCUCCCUUUCCCUCCGCCCAAAGAGAGCUUGUAUUUAUAAUACUGUGUUGAGACAAAUGUGUUCUUCUAAAUUGUUACUGGUGUACAGACUUCAGAUAAAUUGGGGCAUUGAUAAUGACUGCAUUAAGUAGUGUAGUUACACUAGUGUUUUUUAUGUACUUUUUGUAAUAAAUAUAAAACUUAACUAGUUAAAUUAAAUGUUACUGUUACAUUUCCAUAUUUCAGUUGUUGAAAUACUAAAUGUGAAAACGGUAGGUUGAAAAAAGUAUUGCAGACUCCUUUUUUGUGUGUGUGUGUGUAUCCUUUUGUAUAAAGAUUUGAAACCA